UGUGUACCUGUUGCCUAUGAUCAUCUAUCGUUAUUGUUAUUUUUUCAUACUUAGCUAAGCUGACAGACUCCUCAUAAAUAUUUUGACUUGUUUUCUUCUCAUGUGAAAUGUAUCUUUGUUUUUUUGGUUAGUUGUAUCUUUCUCUACGAUUGUAAAUUUCAGUAGCCAAAAUAUGACUUUAAAAUUUAUAACAAAUUAAGAACUGAUUACACAGUUUAAUCAGAACAUCACCUAUGGCGAAGGCGAGAUAUCCGUCUAUCAAUUCAAGGACGAGUAUACUGUGAUGCAGUUCGUUCUGUUUUACUUUACAGCUGCGAAACGUGACCAUUAAGAGUAGAAGAUACUCGUAAGUUACUGGUAUUUGACCACAGAUGUCUUAGAAAUAUUGCUCGUAUCUGCUGGUAAGUAUUAGUGAGGCUAGGAGCAGGGUAUUAGGGAAUGAUAGUAAAUCGUUUGAUGAGGUUGUGUAAAUUGUUGUAACGGGUGACUGCAGGUUUUGAUGAGCAGCGUAUUUAUCGAUCGAUUACAGUGACACGUAAAACACGUAAGGACGACCUAGUGUCCCGCUUCCCUGCCUAACCCAGCCAGUUGAGUCUAGAACGCAAGUCACAGCUUCUGAGUUAUGAAUCAUUAUAUUUCAGACAUACUCUAUUUAUAUACCAAACAAACAAACCACAUCGUACCAUAAAAUAGAAAGCAACAUUUACACAAUAUUUAACGAGUGAAAUAAAUAAUGGCCAAUAGGGAAUACCCAUUUAGAGUCCAAGGACAUCAUUAGACUUAACAUGAUAAUGAUUGGUUUAUUCCUCAGCAUACCUAACAUAAAUGUUCAUCGACGGCGAUCAUCGGGCCACGUGUUACGUAUGCCUGAACACCGAUUACCACGACGCGUAAGGCUGACUAGUGUUGGAGAUGGUUGGAAGAAAGUUUAUGGUCCACGUGACUAUCGUAACCAAUGGCUGGAAACUGCGGGUGACAUGGCUCAGAAUCGAUCACAAUGGCGUAACUGUAUACACUCUCUGUCUUCCCUUAAAACUGUGAAACUGAAAUCCAUUUAUAUUUUUCUUCCUGUACUAUAUCCUUACAUGCAAUCUUUCUUUUAUAUAUUACUAUCAUUGAAAUAACUACUUCCAUGAAUUUGGUGUUCAUCUUAUUGUGCUAAUGAGGUUUACCAACUUGGACCGAUGCAUAUAUGUGUCUGGUCCUAUGUUGUAGCUGACUGACUGACUUAAUUAGAACCUAUAUUUGUCACAUAUGUAUACAUGAUUUGUUUAGUAUAGGUAGAUAGAUAUCUUUAAAGAACCUAAUCAACUACUUACAAAUUUAAAUCUUCACUGAUAUUUCGAUGACAAUUGUUAUAAAAUAAUUUUGAUUAUAAUAUUCAAACUACCUAAGGGAAGUACUUCAUCUCCGUAAUUAAUAUGUCUACAACGAGUCAAAUGCUAAAAGUUACCUUUAUUUGUAUAAUACUAUGUUCCCGUUUACACGUUGAUCAGGCAACUAAAUUACAAGGUGACUUGUAUUUCAUACGUUUUUAUUCGAAUUACUCAGCGAUGUUGUAUGUAUCAUACAACGUUCAUAUUGGAUAUUCUCAACAUUAUUUAUUAUCAGAAGGGGUUUUUUGUGGAGGAGUUCCACAGUAGGACAAAACAACUGUCCAUUGCUUUCAGGUUUUACAUGGUAGUUUAGGUUCAAUUGAUUUAUGAUCUCAAUGAUUAAAAUUAUUCAUUAUGUUAAGUAGAUCAUCUUAUGUUGAUACUUUAAGAGGCCCGACACAAUAUUUUCUUAGGAAUUAGACAAUGAUCACUGAUUUCUCUCAUUUUAAUCACUUUUCAAUUGUUAUAAUGUUCUCUUUUAUAUUAUAAAUUAUUUUCUUUAAUUUAUUGUAUAGUUCCUCACAUUCAAAUCUCUGUCUCAAGCAAUUCAAGAAUGCGUUUCUAAAAUUCAAUCAAGGAAAGCCAAACCUGAUGCCUCCACGUCGUCGUCAUCAUCAUCAUCAUUUCUGUCUACUUCACAAAUGAAUUUGUAUAUUAGUGCUUGUAAAUUGUUGGCUACCAGUUUAUUAUAUCCAGAAUAUAGACUGCCACAAUUUUCCUAUUAUCAAUGGGCAUUUGUCAAAGAUAUAACUUUUGAUAAUUUAACUAACCAAGAGGAAAUGACAAAUGUCUCCACAGUGAAUAACAAUCGAAGAAUAUCGUUUCUUCCGUUCCUUUCCGAUGUUCUAACACAAAUUGAAAAAUUACAAGAAAUUGACAUAUCGAAUGGUAUUGAUAUAACAUCUAUGGAAAAUUCAUCUACUUUAUAUCAAAGUUGUUUCAGUAUUUUGGCUUUAGAUAAACUUGUCAACAUUUAUACACUGAAACCAUUCUUUGAAAGUUUACACAACAGUUCAAAUGUUGAUUCCUUACGAAAUUCAUUCAAUGAUAUCCCAGUACUUGAUGACUUCCUUCUUGAACUAGCUAUAGAAGCAUCUUUAGCUCAAGAUUUUCCUGAAACGAUUGCAUCUAGAUAAUAAUAAUAAUAUCCAUUUACAUCUUGAUUAUUAUGAUGAUCAUACUUAUUACACAGAUUUACACUACCUCUUAUCCAAUCAAUGAAAAUUUAAGAAACAACUUUGAAUAUUUAUGUUACUUGGUCUAUUGAAAUCACAUAAUCGAAUUUGUGCACCUAUUGUCUUUCUAACCUUCUCACUUUCUUUAUGGUUUCUUUCUUCGUUUUGUACACAAACAUUUAGGAAAUUUUAUUAUACAAUAUGUUGUUGUUUUUGUUUGUUUGUUUGUUUGUUUGUCCUAUUGAUUCAUCUAAACACAUUACGUAAUUGAAACCCAUCAUUAAGGCUGUGGCUUUCUCUAUUUCUCAUCUUAGUUGUCGAUUUUCUUUCUCCAUCCUACUACUAUUACAAGUACUAAUACUACUAUUACUACUACUAAUACGAAUACUACUACUGCUACUACAACCACUCAUACUACUACUUUAUAAUGAAUUACCCAUAUAUAUGCUUGUAAGAUUGUUUCUUCCUUUUUAUAUCAUCACUUACUACAUGGUGAACAUUUGUUCUAUUAUAAAUACAAUUGUAAUUGCUAUUGUAUUGCAACAUCAACUGGUUUGCUUAAUGUAACAGAAAGACACCAAUUUCCAAAGAAUACGAUAGAUGCAAAGAUAUCAUCAUUCCUAAAUCAUCAAACAAAUGUGAUACAUAAAGGAUCCUAUUUCUUUCCAUUCAACAUUAUUGUUUCAUUUCAAUGUUUAUGUAUUCGUUUCUAUGUGAAUAUAUUAAUAAAGUAUAUAAUGAUUA